GGCCCAGACAGGAAAAUGUACCCGCUCGGUAGCUUCUGGUACCGAGAAUAUCGCCUCAGUAUGUCUCUCGGUUCAGGUUGAUCACUGUCCAAUGGUUCAGCCAUGACGUGAUGAACCAGAGUUGAGUAUGGCUCUUAAUACGCAUAUGAUUCAACAUGAGUGCAGCCACCUCUUUGGCUUUCUCAAUGUGACAUUUUCAACAUGGCUGGUGGAUUUUUGGCUUAUCAUGAGCCGGGGAUUGUUGAUAUACUUACCAUCGUCUCCUUUUUCUAUAUUGUUUCCUUAGCAGAAUGGAUCUCCGCAAAGAUCCUGCGCGCCGGCAUCGUAGGCCAGAUUGCCGUGGGUAUCGUCUACGGAAGACCACUGGCCGAUAUCCUCGCCUUGGAUUGGCAAGAGACCUUUCUCGCGCUAGGAUAUAUCGGCCUAAUCCUGAUAAUUUUCGAAGGAGGUUUGCGCGCACGCCUCGACCUUCUCAAGGAUAACUUUGUCCUCAGUAUGUUCGCUGCUGCCACAGGAGUUGGUUUUCCGAUCGGCACGUCUUAUCUUCUCCUGCACCUCGGAUUCGGAUAUGGGCCUGUGGAAACCUUCAUCAUCGGCGCGGCACUUUCGGCUACUUCAUUGGGGACCACAUUUGCUGUCAUUUCUUCUGCGUCGAAAACCGUCGAUCUUGCACAAACCCGCGUCGGCGCGGUACUCGUCAGCGCCGCAGUGAUUGAUGAUGUCGUCGGGCUGGUUAUGUCCAGUGUCAUCCACAACCUUGGUGGACUUGGAGGGGGUAAUAAUGCCAAUCUUGGCUGGCUGAUUGGUCGUCCCAUCGUUGCCUCAAUAGGCAUGGCUCUAGUCACUCCUGUGGUUACCAAAUACAUCUUUGCUCCGGUGUUUCGGCGGUAUAUUGAAGAUCGUUUUGCACGCUAUGACCACCUCUCGAACAUCUUCCUGAUGGUUCUGGUCUUAUGUGCUUUCCUCACAAUCGCGGCAUAUACUGGAACCUCGGUGCUUUUCGGUGCCUUUCUCGCGGGUACCUUUCUUUCAUACAUCCCAAGCAAGCACCCUGAUGGACCCUUUGUCGUGCUCAGCCGCGAAGAGGGCGAGAGCGAAGCACACAAAAGCCCCACAUUUGUUCACACAUUUGAGCGCUACCUCAAGGAUGUUCAGAAGUACCUGAUGGAGCCUCUGUUCUUCGCGAGUGUCGGGUUUGCGAUUCCGUUUGUGCAGCUAUGGACCGGAAAGUGGUUAUGGCGUGGCAUUGUGUACAGCCUACUCAUGGUUUUUGGGAAGUUUAUCGUCGGAAUAUGGAUACCCUUGUGGGCUGCCUUGCCAGUCAAGAAACAUACAACAAAGCAACAGAAGACGACAAACGAAGCGAGCGAUGAAAUAGAGUGCGAAAGUUGUGAUGCUAAUCAGCAGCAGGUCGGCAGUACAUCCCGCUGGCUUUCCGCGCUGCUUCUGGGGUCUGCAAUGGUGGCGCGCGGCGAGAUUGGUCUUCUGAUCAUUGAGAUUGGGUACAACGAGACGUCCUACGUGACCGAGGGCGGAUUCAUCACGGGCGUCUGGGCCAUUCUACUCAACACCAUCAUCGGACCGGUCGCAGUUGGUCUUAUUGUGAAGUUCUAUGGGAAGCGCAUUGUAGAUGGGGAAUGGGGUUUGCAACCCUUGGAAUAGUGUUCUAUUCUUUGGUGGAUAAGGCUUCAUCACGAAGCCAUCUCUCUCGAUGUAAUAAGUGGGACUCUAGUCCUUGAGAAACUUAUAACUGAGAUCCAACAAGUACUCCAGUUCUACUCCUACAGCCUGGGUUGUACAUCAUA